AUGGGACCGGUUUUCCAAGAUGCAAAGGGCACUGAUGAUGCCAGACAGGUCGAAAUUGUGCAAGAAGAUCUCGCACGCGCGAGACAAGUACAUUAUCGACCUCAGACCGAUGAAGAGAGGUAUAUUGACAGGAGAGUCAAUUUCAAGUUGGACCUGUUCGUUGUCGUAAUUUUAUCCCUUGAGUUCAUAUUCUGUGGUAUCGACAAGACCAACAUUGGAUUCGUUGCUACCAGCUCCUUCGUUAAAGACGCCAACCUGAGGCCCGACGACAUCCCCAACUCCCUCUCCCUCUUUUCUGCCACCUACGUCCCGCUUCAGCCGAUCAUGACUAUUUUGGCCCGGCGGAUAGGCGUCAAAUACUUUAUCACGUUACAACUCAUACUCUGGGGUGGUCUCUGUAUGUGUCACGCUGCUAUUAAAAAUACCGGCACACUAAUCGCACUUCGGCUUCUGAUUGGUGCCGCUGAGGCAGGCUUCACACAGAUUGGAAUGUACUACAUGUCGACUAUGUACCCCAAGUACGCAGUUGGUCUACGAGUUGGGAUUUUCACUGGCAUGUACUCCGUCGCCGGUGCCUUCGCUGGACUACUCGCCUAUGGGCUCCUUAAGAUUGAGUCACCUCAUCUACACGGCUGGCAGGUUGUCUUUCUCCUUGAGGGCGGCGUUACCGUGCUGCUUGGCAUCAUAUCAUUCUUCAUGCUGCCGAAGAACCUGGCUUCAGCAUGGUUUCUUACAGCGCAAGAACGCUCCCAUGCUGUUUACCGUAUGAAGGUUGACCUUGCGGGCACACAGGAAGAAGCCGACAUCAACAGCACUUCCGUCACCAGCCGCGAUGUUGUCGACGUGGCCAAGGACUGGAAGAAGCUCAUGACUAUAGUUUGCAACAUCACAACAGUGCUCCCUGUUACCGCCUUUACGACCUUCCUGCCUCUCGUAGUCCAAGGGAUGGGAUACAAGGGCGUCGACGCAACGCUCAUGAGCGUACCACCUUUCGUGGUGGGCACUGCUGGUCUUCUUAUAAUUGUGUGGUCCAGCGAUCGCUGCGGAGAGAGAUCUCUCCACACAGCAUUUGGCAUGGCUCUGGGCAUCGUUGGCUGUAUCGUGAUGGCUGCCUCUUCCGAGAACCAACUGCGAUAUGGUUUCGCACAUGUCUGCAUGGCUGGUGUCUUUGUCGGCGGCCCGCUGGUUGCAGUCUGGCUAGCAGGCAACACUCCAUGGAAGGGCACCAGAAGCGUGGUUCUGGGUAUCAAUGGCUGGUCCAACCUCGCUGGCGUGAUUGCUGGACAGGUAUUCAAGAGCGGAUACGCGCCAAGAUACGAGACGCCAUUGAUUAUCACCGUGGUCAUCAUGGCAGUAGGAGCCGUCGGCUUGAUAUUCAUCCGUUAUAUGUACAUGUUGGAGAACAAGAGAAGGAUUUGUGAGGUGGCAGACUGGGAUGAGGCUCGGUUCGUAGCCGAAGCUGCGUCUGAGGAGCGGCGAGGAGACCAGAGGUGGACAUUCCUGUAUGGGUCCUGA